UAUUCUUUUCUUAUUUGUUUGUUUUUGUUUUCUGUUUUGCAAUGUCUGGACGUGGUAAGCAAGGUGGUAAAGCUCGCGCUAAAGCGAAGUCUCGCUCUUCACGGGCCGGUCUCCAGUUUCCCGUGGGGCGAGUGCAUCGCCUGCUCCGUAAGGGCAACUACGCUGAGCGGGUCGGGGCUGGUGCGCCGGUGUACCUUGCAGCGGUGUUGGAGUACUUGACGGCAGAGAUACUGGAGUUGGCCGGUAAUGCGGCACGCGACAACAAGAAGACUCGCAUCAUCCCACGUCACCUGCAGCUGGCCAUCCGCAACGAUGAAGAGCUUAACAAACUGCUGGGCCGUGUGACCAUCGCUCAAGGCGGGGUCUUGCCGAACAUCCAGGCGGUGCUGUUGCCUAAGAAGACCGAGAGCCACCACAAGGCUAAGGGCAAGUGAUUUGACAGGGAUUUGAGUUUCCGGAAGUGCUUUCAAACCCAAAGGCUCUUUUCAGAGCCCCCCACUAUUUCAAAGGAAGAGCUAACACCACUUGGAAUAUUAAAAAAAAAGGAAGGUUUCAAAAGCUUCUCACUACAAAGACGCCUAGAUCCAGAGUGUCUGUCAAACUCAUCAAUUCUCAGAAAUAAAUGGAUUGGCAUCUGUGUUCUGACAUCAUUGAAUGAUUCCGCACC